AAAGGGAAAACAAGUGGCUGUAUAAAUUACAGAAAUACCCCUGGAAGUCUUUCCUUUGUCAAAACCGUGUUCUCUGAUAAAUAUCCUCAUAAGUCUCCCACGUCUUUUACGCAUCAUAUCAUCUGAUCUGUAACCCCUUUCCUCUUCCUGACCCGACACGCACACACACACACACACACACACCCUCUAUAUAUGUGUGUGUAAUGAAUCAUCUUUGGUCACAUUACCAAACACUAGAUAUCAUACUAAAACAAUCACAAACCUGUCAGUAACGUCUCUCAUGAAGGGUUCGUCUUCUUUCGUCAAAUUCUGCAAGAAACUGUCAAGGAAGAGGAAGAUCACCGAGAAACAGGAAGAGGGUAUCGAAGAAAUCAUUCAAAGAAGAAGCGGGAACAAUGGUAACGGUGAUGGAAGAAGCCAUGGCGACGGAAAGAGGGAGCUGCAGGCCGUGUUCGAUCACAUGGACGCGGACAGAGACGGGAGGAUUUCGCCCGAGGAGCUUCGGAGGAGCUUCGAGUCGUUGGGAGGGAAGCUGUCGGAAGAGGAGGCGGAGGUGGCCGUACGGCUGUCGGAUUCGGACGGAGACGGGAUGUUGGAUUUCGAAGAGUUCCUGAACAUGAUGACGAUGGAUGAUGACGAGUGGAGUGAGGAAGAGAGGAGGGGUGAGAUCGAAGGAGCGUUCAGAAUGUACACUUGCGAAGGCCGUGAAUGCAUUACCGCUGCAAGCUUGAAGAAGAUGCUUGGGAAGCUCGGAGAGUUUAGAACUAUGGAUGAUUGCAGAGCGAUGAUCCGAGUUUUCGAUCUGAAUUCCGAUGGCGUUCUUAGCUUCGAUGAGUUUGCACUCAUGAUGCGUUGAAUCUGUCGUCUCUCUUUCUCUUCUCCAUUUUUUUUCCUUCUUCUUCUUCCUCUUCCUUUCAGCUCCUCUUUGAUUGCUGUGAAUAUGGAUUUUGAUGCAAUAAUUACAAGUGCCCAUGAACAAGGGGCAUUGUCUUUUUUUUAUAGAAAAUGAUUGAUUCGCCAUUACAGAACA